AUGAUUGAUAACAGAGUUGUUGUAUUUUUUAUUUCUGUACAGCCUUUUGUUAUGUGCCAUUUAAAAGAUAUGGGGGAGCUAAUAUACAAUUGGACAGCUUCUAAAGAAUAUGAAUUGGUGGAUCGAAUCGACGGUGGAACAGAAGUAGAUCUAAAAGAUUAUCCAUUCAAUGUUCAGUUUUUUAAUUUUGGUGGAAUGUGCAGUGGCACAAUAUUAACGACGAAAAUAGUUCUAACAGCUGCACAUUGUUUCGAUUACAAUAGAAAUAUAGCUGAGAUGAGAAUAUUAUCAAAUUGCCAAUUUGUCUAUAAUUGUAAAUCUACGAUUCACCAGAUAUGGGACUUUAUACUACACGAACAUUACAACGAAACAAUAAUUUUCUCAAACGAUGUAGCAGUAUUAAUAAUACACGACAAUUUUGUUUUGGGUCCUUAUGUACAGAAAGCGGUAUUGAUCGAGAAUGAUUUAUGGAUGCACGAAAAUGAGACCAAUUUUAUAGCCACGGGGUGGGGAGUCGCCGAGAAGAAUGAUGUUAAGCAAAACAAAAAUAAUGGACUAAUGAUGAUAUACCUGAGAUAUAUACCACGUGCUAAUUGCUCACGUAUGACCAAUGUGCGGCUAAGUUCAGACAUGUUCUGUAUGUAUGGGGACGGACAGCGGGACACGUGCCGCGGGGACUCAGGGGGAGGGAUUUUAUGGAACAGACAAAUUGUAGGCAUCGUUUCGCAUGGAAGAGGAUGCAGUAAAACACCAAGUAUGUAUAGUAAUGUAUACUUCUUGAAACCAUGGAUAGAAAGAGCUACUCAAGAAUUAUAUAGAAGAUUUUGUCGAUUUCAUUAUCACGAAUAA